UAGUCCGCCUUCUGCAGAACAAUCAUGGCGGCGGGAAGGUGCAGGACGGAGGUCUCGCAGGUGAUAGUGUCAGCUGAAAAGACUCCUGACUGAUGCCAUCCAAAAAUGAGCCAUUGACACAGAUACAUCUUUAGACAGACUUUGGUAAAGGAGAAAGAUGACCGCACUAAGGAGAAGACGGGAACUCCUCCCCCUGCUGGGGAGGCCAGUAACAGCCCCGGAAACCUUCACAGAAACAACUUUUCUUCUUGAGGGAAACUUUCUCUUAUCUAUUCCCUCCCUUCUGCAUGCCCCAAAAGUGCAGGAAGUGACAGUGCCACCAUCUAGUCUUCCAGAAAUCAUUCCUAUAGAAGCCUUAGAUCAGAACGCGGCAGGGGAAGGGGAAAACUCGCCCAGGAAAACCUUUCCACAGCCGUCUGAAACCUUCCGCCGUGUCCAGGCAUUGUUGCCCACGAUCUAUCCUACAACAGUGAACAUUUCACAGGGUGUACAAAACAACAACACAGACUGUAACAUUGAAAACGACAGAAAUGAUGAUUGUGAACAACCAUCAAGCUCAACGGACCAAGAAACCUCCGACUUUGAAGACGAAGCCCAGAAACAAGACAGCCACACACCACAACUUCCCUGGCUGUACAGUGAGAGUGAGGAUACUUUUGAACCAGAUGUGGGGAGAAAAGUAGUUUCUGCCAGUAGCUUGGUUCGUAGAAGUACAGACUCUGACAUCCAAUCCACCCUGCCCCUUCUCUUGAGGAGACGCAAAAGCUACGACCAGUUACGACCAAAGUCCUGCCUACACAAAAGAUGGCGGAUGCUCGGCGAUGGACAGAAGAGAACUCAUGGAAAGAUUAAAGUCAACUCACUGCUAACCAAACUACCGGAUGUUGAAAUCCAUGUCGAUGAGUACAUCUUUCUGUCGUGUAGAGACGUCCUGUCAGUGCACAGUGACUUUUUCAAGGCCAUGUUUUCGUCAGGAAUGCGUGAGAGCCUUGAAGGCAGAGUUACCCUCCAUGGCCCCCUGGCUUCCAUGUUCAAGGUGUUGUACGAUUACAUGCAUGGUGAGGGACUGCAGUUGACAGGAGACAAUGCCCAGAAAGUGUUUGAAACAGCUGAUUUUCUGCAGAUGACCGAAGCAGUGGAGUUGUGCAUAGACUACAUUCAGGACAACCUGGACACUAAGAACUGUCUGGAUGCCCUGCAGCUGGGGGAGAUCUACUCUGCCACUAGGAUCAGGAGUGUGGUCUACUCUUUCAUAGAUGACGAGUUCGUAGAAAAGUUCAUGAAGAUAACACCAUUUGAGUUUGAUGGGUGAUUGGAGUGGGCUAUUGAGUGAGACGUUUUCCAAAAA